CAAAAAUAAGUUUUUACUUGAUAGAUAUUUGUUCUUUUUUGCAUAGUUUUCAUUUUUACGCAAAUUAAGUGCUUUCGUUGCUAUUGUUUUAUAGCAUUUCGCACAUAAGUCGCUUCAUUCAACGUUAUAGAAUUAUAGUUUCACUACCUACUCAUCUCUGUUAACUCAUUUCACGGCAAAGCAUACCCCGCCUCUUCCUUCACACGGGAAUCAUAUAGACGAGAAAUCCAUUCAUUGGGAAAGUCGUGAGAUUAAGCUUUGCUCAAGAUAGAAUCUAGAAUUCCAAUAAAGCACCAUCAUCCGUGAAGGAAGAUCGAACGAAUCGUUGCUAUUUUUUAUUUACCAUUCUCUUUUUUUUCCUAGUAGGUUCCGCUUAACUUUGGAAAAAUUGUGGUCAGCUUAUUAGGUGCUAUUUUGUUUUGAGAUCGCAAGUAACAUAUAUCCAUACACCAAUAUACUUAACCUACGACCUAUCUAUCUAUCUACCUCUAUAUAGAUAUCACUACUUAUCUAUAUUAUUGAAAAACUUACAGAGAAAGUGUGCGUGCAUCAGGGAAAGAAGAGAGAAGACCCUGUUUUUCUUUUUUUCUUUCUCCUAUCCAUUCAUUGAUCCACUAACAUCUAUCGAUCUAUCUAUCUAUAUAUAGAACUAUAUAUAUAUAUAUCGAUCGAUAUAUCGAUAGGUAUUUAAACGGUAUCUAUCCAUUCAUCCAUUCUCGUCGCGUGAUCGAUGACAGCGCUCCCGAGCACGGCUGAGGAGCCGUCCUCCUUCGACGUCGACGCGCUCAUCCAGCACGUCUUGCAGUGCAAACCCCUCAGUGAGCGUCAGGUGCUGCGCCUUUGCGAGAAGGGAAAGGAGGUGCUGCAGGCGGAGUCGAACGUCCACGCGGUGCGCGCCCCGAUCACCGUCUGUGGCGACGUCCACGGCCAGUUUCACGACCUUCUCGAGCUUUUUAAGAUCGGCGGGAUGCCGCCCGAUACGAAUUACCUUUUUAUGGGCGAUUACGUCGAUCGAGGGUACUACAGCGUCGAGGCGGUGACGUUGUUGUUGCUUUACAAAAUUCGCUACCCCGCCCGGAUGCACCUCCUCCGCGGGAAUCACGAAUCCCGCCAGAUCACGCAGGUGUAUGGGUUUUACGACGAGUGCGUGCGGAAGUACGGCGGGGCCGGGGUCUGGAAGGCGUUGACGGAUCUUUUCGACUUCCUCCCGCUCUCGGCGGUGGUGGAAGGGGAGAUCUUCUGCCUCCACGGCGGGCUCUCCCCCACGCUCGAUUCCCUCAGCCACAUUCAAAGCCUGGAUCGGCGGCAGGAGGUGCCGCAUGAGGGGCCGAUGUGCGACCUUCUUUGGUCGGAUCCGGAGGAGCGGGAUGGGUGGGGCAUCAGCCCUCGCGGCGCCGGCUUCACCUUCGGCGCCGACAUGACGGAGCAGUUUUGUCAUAACAACGGCCUCAAAACGAUCGCCCGCGCGCAUCAACUCGUCAUGGAUGGCUACAGCUGGGCCCAUCAGGAGAAGCUCGUGACGAUCUUCAGCGCGCCGAAUUACUGCUACCGCUGCGGCAACCUCGCCGGGUUGCUCGAGCUCGACGAGCAUAUGAAUAAGUGCUUCUUUCAGUUCGACCCCGCCCCAAGGCGAGGGGAGGCGCAGGUGUCGAAGAAAACCCCCGAUUACUUUUUGUGA